UAUUUAUCUUUCUUUGACAGAUGAAUUCCCACAAUCCUUGAUGAUUCUUCACCUGACAGGUAAUCCAUGCUGUGACAAUCCUGAUUACAGAGGCAGAAUUAUCCAAGACUUACAAAAUCUGAAUGAAUUAGAUGGUCAACCAGUCGGUAAAGAAGAACAAAAGGAAUGUGGCUUUGUCAUCACUCGCAGUGAUGAUUCUGAUGAAAAUGACGAUGCUGAUAAAUCUACUAAAGUUUCAAAUGUAAGAUUACAAUUUCAGUUAUUUACAGAGAAUGUCUUUUAGCUCUCUAAGAUUCAA